AUGCUGCAAUCGCGCGCGCCACCGCCACCCGCGUGGCGCUACCGCGCUGCCGGCGAGCAGCGCCGGCACCUCCCCUUCCUGCCCCACCCUCCACACCUCACUCCCCCUCCAUUCCCCCAUCCCCUUCCCCGCCUUCCCCUCCAUUCCCCCAUCCCCUUCCCCGCCUUCCCCUCCAUUCCCCCAUCCCCUUCCCCGCCUUCCCCUCCGUUCCCCCAUCCCCUUCCCCGCCUUCCCCUCCGUUCCCCAUCCCCUUCCCCGCCUUCCCCUCCGUUCCCCCAUCCCCUUCCCCGCCUUUCCCCCGCAGCGGCGUCAGCACAAGCGGCGGACACAGCGGCCUUCUCGCAGGGCGGCUUCGAGCAGCUGCUGCUGGACCUGCAGGCCGCCACCUGUCACCAGCCGCUCUGUCUGCCCAUCCCAUCGUCCCUCUCGCCCCUCCAUCUCUCGCCCCUCCACGUCACGUCGCCCCUAACCCCCGUCACCUGCACACACCUGUGCCACCACUCUCGCCACCUGCCCUGCCAUCCCGCUCUCGUCUCUGCACUCAUUGCACCUUUCCCUCCCCCUGAAACCCCCUUCCUCCACCGCCCGCACUGUGUGCGGCAGUCAGCAGAGCAGGACGGCAGCGGCAAGGCGUUCGUGGAGGACCGGUGGGAGCGCGACCCCGGCAACCCAGCGGCGGGGUACGGCAUCACACGCGUGCUGGAGGGCGGCCACGUGCUCGAGAAGGCCGCUGCCAACGUGUCCAUCGUUAGAGGCCAGCUCACUGCGGCACGCGCCAAGGCCAUGAGUGCGCGGCAGGGGAGGCAGCUGGCAGAGGGGACGGGGUACUUCGCGGGUGCGCUGUCGCUGGUGUUCCACUCCGCGCACCCGCUCAUCCCCACCUUCCGCUCCGACAUCCGCUACUUCCAGGUGAGCUGCCAUCCGCUACUUCCAGGUUCCACCUUCUCCCCCUCCCACCUGCCCCCUCCCCCUCCCACCUGCCCCCUCCCCCUCCCACCUGCCCCCUCCCCCUCCCACCUGCUGUCUCCCCCUCCCACCUGCCCCCUCCCCCUCCCACCUGCCCCCUCCCCCUCCCACCUGCUGUCUCCCCCUCCCACCUGCCCCCUCCCCCUCCCACCUGCCCCCUCCCCCUCCCACCUGCCCCCUCCCCCUCCCACCUGCCCCCUCCCCCUCCCACCUGCCCCCUCCCCCUCCCACCUGCCCCCUCCCCCUCCCACCUGCCCCCUCCCCCUCCCACCUGCCCCCUCCCCCUCCCACCUGCCCCCUCCCCCUCCCACCUGCCCCCUCCCCCUCCCACCUGCCCCCUCCCCCUCCCACCUGCCCCCUCCCCCUCCCACCUGCCCCCUCCCCCUCCCACCUGCCCCCUCCCCCUCCCACCUGCCCCCUCCCCCUCCCACCUGCCCCCUCCCCCUCCCACCUGCCCCCUCCCCCUCCCACCUGCCCCCUCCCCCUCCGCCGUGCACCUGCUCCUCCUCAGGGCCGCACGUCGGGCUGCCUCAGUACACGCGUCCCGGUGCUGCCUUCCCUGCUCGAGUCUAA